AUGGCGAAUAGUCCAACCGAAAAGCAUGGAUAUACGAAAGAUCGGAAGAAGGAUGAUGUUGAUAAGACGAAGGAUAGGGGAAGAGAUGAUGAUAACGAAGAAAUGAAAGAGGAUGAUAAUGAUGAUGCUGCUUUGCUUUCACAGGCUAUAAAUGAAAAAGAUUGGAAUGUUCCAAGUCAGCCUGAUAAAACAUCAUUUUUGUCGGAUACUUUGAGAGAGGGCCUUUUGAAACAAUUUGAUGAAAUACCGUUUGCUGGUGAUGCAUAUUUGCUAACACAAGAAAUCAAUAGGCUAAGAAAACAACUAGGUGAUUCGCUUGGAGAAAAUCAGAUGCUGGAACAAGAUCUAAGAACCAAGGAAUUUAGGAAUCGUUUGAAUAAUACGGCAUCAGUUACGGAAACUAAUCAUGCUGAGGUGCUAUUGUAUAUAUUUUUUCAUGUGACGGAGCCAAGUGGCAGUGGACGUCAAGAACCACCUGUAAUUCGACUCAAAAAAGUUUCUAUACCAAGCUUCCAACGGGGAAAUCGUUUCUCAAGAACUUGGAAUGAUUCUCCAGUAUUACGAAAAGCUUUUGCUCACUGCAAAUUAAUUUUAAAUGAUACUUUUCAUGCAAUUGAUAGUCAAGGAAAACCUAUUAACAAUACUACGUUCAUUCAACACGACACAAAGAGUAAUCGAACUACGCAAACUUCACAGCAGGAACUGCAAAUUUCGAAUCCUAAUUUAUACAACUGUCUGGUAUAUCUCCGUCCAGACAAUCAGCUUGCUCAAUUUUAUGGCGCAUGUGACGAAAUAGUUACAAUGGGCUUUCGCAAUAUUUCUUCAGAACUAUUAAGAGACCGUAAAUGGAAAACCACUCGGCUUAUGCAUGAUAUCCUUGUAGAACCACGAAAACGAUGGUGUCGCUAA